AUUAAAUACAAGUUGCAAAGAGCCAUCGCCUCCGCCUCUCUCUCUACUCUCCAAAACUAACCAACCCGUCUCCUUCAUUAUCUUCAUCCUGUGUUGACUGAUCUCUCUCGCUUCGUUUCACACCACCAAACGCACCUUCCAUUCUCUCUCUACCCCAGCCAUGGCUUCCUCUUCCCUCUCCCAAGCUAUCCUCUCUCGCUCUAUCCCACGCCAUGGCACUACAUCCUCCGCCCCUCAACUCCGCUCCUGCUCACUUUCCCUCCCCAAUUUCAACGGGCUCAGGGCCUCCUACUCCACUAGCCACCGUCGCGUCGUCCCUUCUUCCGCCGCCGCCGCCGCCAUCCACCGCUCCUUAGCUGUGAGGGCGUCUGCUCCCGUCGAGACUUUGGAUAAAACUGACACUGCCCUUGUUGAUAAAUCAGUCAACACCAUUAGAUUCCUGGCAAUUGACGCAGUCGAGAAGGCGAAUUCGGGCCACCCAGGUCUGCCCAUGGGUUGCGCGCCGAUGGCUCACAUCUUGUACGACGAGUCUAUGCGGUACAACCCGAAGAACCCCUACUGGUUCAACCGUGACCGCUUCGUACUCUCCGCCGGCCAUGGAUGCAUGCUCCAUUACGCCCUGCUUCAUCUUGCCGGAUAUGAUUCUGUCAAGGAAGAGGACUUGAAAAGUUUCAGGCAAUGGGGAAGUAAGACCCCUGGUCACCCUGAGAACUUUGAGACACCCGGUAUUGAAGUCACUACUGGUCCUCUUGGACAAGGUAUUGCAAAUGCAGUUGGUUUGGCCCUUGCUGAAAGACAUUUGGCUGCCCGGUUCAACAAACCAGAUUGCGAGAUUGUUGACCACUACACAUAUUCCAUCCUUGGUGAUGGCUGCCAAAUGGAGGGAAUAUCAAAUGAGGCUUGUUCCCUUGCUGGACAUUGGGGGCUUGGCAAACUAAUUGCUUUUUAUGACGACAACCACAUCUCUAUUGACGGAGACACUGAAAUUGCUUUCACUGAGGACGUGGUUGCUCGUUUUGAGGCUCUAGGAUGGCAUGUUAUUUGGGUUAAGAACGGCAAUACUGGCUAUGACGAGAUCCGGGCUGCCAUCAAGGAAGCAAAGGCUGUUAAGGACAAGCCCACUUUGAUCAAGGUAACAACAACCAUUGGGUUCGGGUCACCCAACAAAGCAAACAGUUACAGUGUUCAUGGAAGUGCACUGGGAGCCAAGGAAGUUGAAGCAACUCGGAAAAAUCUUGGAUGGCCCUAUGAGCCAUUCCACGUGCCUGAAGAUGUGAAGAGUCAUUGGAGCCGCCAUAUCCCAGAAGGUGCAGCACUCGAAGCUGAAUGGAAUGCCAAAUUUAGUGAAUAUGAAAAGAAGUAUCCAGAAGAAGCUGCAGAUUUGAAGGCCAUCAUCACUGGCAAACUACCUACUGGUUGGGAGAAAGCACUUCCUACAUACACUCCAGAGAGUCCGGCUGAUUCCACCAGAAACCUGUCACAGCAAAACCUCAAUGCCCUUGCUAAGGUUCUCCCCGGAUUCCUUGGGGGCAGUGCAGAUCUUGCCUCUUCCAACAUGACCCUCUUGAAAAGUUUUGGCGACUUCCAGAAGAAUACUCCAGAAGAACGCAACUUAAGGUUUGGGGUUCGGGAACACGGAAUGGGAGCCAUCUGUAAUGGGAUUGCCCUCCACUCCCCUGGCCUCAUCCCCUACUGUGCAACAUUCUUUGUGUUCACCGACUACAUGAGACCGGCCAUCAGGAUCUCUGCCCUCUCUGGAGCUGGGGUCAUUUAUGUCAUGACCCAUGACUCUAUCGGUCUUGGAGAAGAUGGGCCCACGCAUCAGCCAAUCGAGCACCUGGCCAGUUUUAGAGCCAUGCCUAACAUCUUGAUGUUCCGUCCUGCUGACGGAAACGAGACAGCAGGCGCUUACAGGUUGGCAGUUCUCAACAGGAAUAGACCGUCAAUCCUUGCCCUCUCCCGCCAGAAGCUGCCCCAGCUACCUGGAACUUCCAUUGAAGGGGCUGCCAAGGGUGGUUACAUCAUAUCUGACAACACCUCUUCAGGAAAACCGGAUGUUAUUCUGAUCGGUACGGGGUCUGAAUUAGAAAUUGCCGCCAAAGCAGCUGAAGAACUGAGGAAGGAAGGGAAGGCUGUCAGGGUUGUUUCCUUUGUAUGCUGGGAGCUUUUUGAUGAUCAAACUGAUGAGUACAAGGAAAGUGUUCUUCCAUCUGAUGUGCCGACUAAGGUAAGUAUUGAGGCCGGGACGACUUUCGGGUGGGAGAAGAUUGUGGGACCCAAGGGUAAGGCCAUUGGUAUCGACAAAUUCGGUGCUAGUGCUCCUGCAGGGAAAAUAUACAAGGAGUAUGGGAUAACUGUUGAGGCCGUUGUGGCUGCAGCUAAAGCAACCUCUUGAGGUGAUGGAGAUAUUUUUAUUUUUUCUACUGUGGAAAUACCCUAUAUUUACAAUAAAAGUUUUUUCUGCUGUAAUUCUUCUCUUUUUUAUUUUUAAUUCUAUUGUACCAGUUGAGUAGCUCACUUAGAUAGAGCAACGAAGGUAUUAAGCCCGUCAUUUGUGAAUGAUUGGUAUGAGUUUGAACAAAAAUUAAUGAUGUCAAUUUUUGUAACUUUGUGUUUUCUUCUGCUUUUGUAACUUCAUAUGGUUGAUAAGCAGAUUAAGUAGGCUUUUUGACA